AUGGUGUUGCCGUGGCUGCACGUUUUGGAGCUCGUACUUUACGCAGGCUGUUUCAUCUGUGGAAUAAUGUCCGCUGCUUCUCUGACAAUCACCCAGGGCCACUUUACAGGGCAGUGCAUUCUUUAUGGGACUGUUGAGUACAACACAUCUGGCCUGAUCCUGGAGAACCCCAGCCAUCCCUCCCUCUGCUACUUUGUGUCAGCCAUCUCUGUGUCUGUGGCCAUCUACUGCUUCUGCCUCACCCUCUACUGGAUCUACACCAGCUGUGUGGAAGAGGAGAUCAAGAGGGAAAGACUGUGGCUGAAUGUGACUCUGGGGGUGUGUAUGAAGAUAUUGUUUUUCCUGGCGGUGUCAGGGUGUACCCUGAGGAUCGGCAGGGACCGCCUCUGUCUGUCUGCCCUCCACAACGUGCCCUCCAUAACCAGUUGUGAAGAAGCCGAGAAUAAAACCUGGGUCAGUCCCUACAAUGGAAAUCAGUUCUACACGGGAUUGUAUAAUGCAGAGAAGUCUGUGUGGGUGAACUUCUUCUUCUGGGUGCAGAUCGUGGUGGUGGUGUUUGUCCAGAAACGUCAGGGGUUAGGCUCAAGGUCAGAAUGGAGCGUGUCUGAAACAGAGCCCUUGUUCCACCGUCCUGUCUGA